GAUAACGCCACGCUGGUUCUGUCCAAAGUUCUGCACAUGCAGGCGUUCCACCAGCACCAGGACUGCCCGGAAGAGAAAAACGCGCUGCUGGAGGAAGACAACACGUUCCACCUGGUGAGACCAGCUGAUGAAAUGGACGAAGGCAAGUCGAAGCGAGGCAGCAUGAAGGGCAAAGCCAUGACCAAAGCCAUCACCGAGAUCUACCUGACCCGCCUCCUGUCUGUCAAGGGAACCCUCCAGCAGUUUGUGGAUGAUUUCUUCCGCAGCGUCUUGUGCUCCGGCUCCGUCGUGCCACCUGCCGUCAAAUUCUUUGACUUUCUGGACGAGCAGGCACUAAGACACGACAACGUGGACGAGGAGACGCUGCACAUCUGGAAGACCAACAGCUUGCCUUUGCGGUUUUGGAUCAAUAUCCUGAAGAACCCCCACUUCAUCUUUGACGUCCACGUGACGGAGGUGGUGGACGCGUCGCUGCACGUCAUCUCGCAGACCUUCAUGGACGCCUGCACCAAGACGGAGCACAAACUCAGCAGAGAGUCUCCCAGCAACAAACUGCUCUAUGCAAAAGAAAUUUCCACGUACAAGAAGAUGGUGGACGAUUACUAUCGAGGCAUCAGACAAAUGGUUCCGGUCAGCGAUCAGGACAUGAACACUCACCUCGCUGAGGUGUCGCGGCAACACACAGACAAGUUGAACACCCAGGUGGCCUUACAUCAGCUGUACCAGUACGCCAGCAAAUACUAUGACGUGAUCAUCCAGUCCUUGGAUGAAGACCCGGCAGCCCAGAAUAAACAGCUCACGCUCCGCCUCCAACAGAUCGCUGCUGCCCUGGAGAACAAGGUCACCGACCUCUGACCCCACGUUGGCGCCUGGAGGAGUGGCUUAUGGACAGGAAGCACAGGAUCUUACAAUUUUAAAGACCCCCAACAAGAUGAGCGUUGCCGACUUUGCAGAAUGUAUGACUAUGUAAGGACCAAUGUGGGAGGGGCUAAUGGAGCUGCGGAGAACCAAUGACCUUAUAUGGAUUGAAGGGGAGGGACAUUUAAACUCUAGAGGAUGCGUUCGACCAUAUCAAGAACCGGCGGUUUGGAAAUGUGGAAGGUACAGAGAAGGUGUUGUGAUGGAAAUCAAAGUGCUGUUACGUGGUUCGAUGGAAGAUUUUGACUUGGUGUCCAAAACCAGGGGGGGAAAAAAAAAAACAAAAAACGAGGGAUGUGACGUCUGUAACACGGCUGCUGAAGUGAAUUCUGUGAAAUCAGUGAGGUUUUUUUUUUUUUGUUUUUUUUAGCUGUGAUGAAGUGGACGCAGUUUCUGUAAAGGUUAAGUUCACACUAAAAGGGCUGAAGGAGGAAGUGCCACACAUGAAGUGAAGCUCUUUUUUUUUAUUGAAGUAAUUGAAUGAAGUAAUGGUAUUAAUGGAUGCCCCCCCCCACCACUCAGCUGUUUGUUUUUUGUGUGUGUCUGAGUUGGAAGGACAGCAGAGCAGUACAGUUUUAUGACCACUUCUUUGCUUCCUGUGGAUUUGCCUCUAACCACUGAUCUGAGGCCAGUUCACUACGUUCGUCCAAAAGCAUGGAAGCAUUUUGGAUUGACAGUUGUUCACAUACAAGCCAGCAGACUGAAAAGUAAUGGACCAACAGAUAGCUGGUACGGUACAGUUAGGCGUGUUGGAUCGGAUGAUGCGCGGGAAUUCACGUGAGUUCAGGGUACGAAGAAAAGUGUUGUCCACAUAUCAAGUGGUAACAUGGACAGUCAUUCCUUCAUCAAUGCCAAAUGUUUUUCUGUAUCAGACAAACUGCAGUAUGUGUUUAUAUGCUGAUGAUACUUUGCUAAGUUGAAUUCAUUUCAUCCCGUGCAGUUGAACCUUUGCUGAUUGUUUUGCUUUGAAAUGCACAAAAAGAAUCAUUUUUAAUGAACAGCAUUUAUUUUAUGCUUUUACUUGGUAAAAUGUAGUCUGUGAUGUCACUUCCAUGCAUACUUGAUGCCAUUUGAUACCGAUGUGAACUGGUACAGAUUGCCUGUUUUUAACUGCAACAUGACUGCUGAAUCAUGUGGCCUAAAACAAAAUUAUUAAAAAAAACCACUUUCAUUUAUAAAAAUUUAUUUUGCCUUAUUUUCUGUUCGUUAUGCAGCAUAAACAUUUUAUUUUGUUUUUCUGUUUAACUGCACACAUCAGUGGACAUGAUGUCUUAAAGACUGGAUGUCCAUCAGUCCUUAAAAUAAAUGAGAAAUUAAAA